AUGGGAAGUGGAUAAUGUUGUAAGAGUGUUGAGAGAAUUGAAACUUUAGAAAUCGAUAAUAGUCCUCCUUAAAAUAUAAUACAUUCUUCACCAUUUGAUGAGGCAUAAAAAAUGGUUUCACUCUCUGAUUCAGAAGAAGAAUAUUAACCUCAGAAGCAUCAGUUUGGAGUUUUUAAAGAGAGAAAAAAAACUUCAUAGUUGUCAACUGGUCCACAAUAUUCUUUUUAGACAAUACCAUCUGAAUAAUAAUUUUCUAAUUUUAUUACUUUUCAAGCUAUACCAUCUCAAUAAGGAAUUCAUAAUAAUGUAUUCUCCAAAUUUCAAAAAGAAAUGAAUUAGUUUGCAAAAAAGGAAACCAAAAAUUAAAAGAACUUGAAAAAAUAAUGA